AUGGAAAUAGUUCUGUCCUACACAAUGCAAGAGAUUAGUAGGUUAGAUCAAAGCAAAGUGAAAACCAGAGAGAAAGAUCUAGAAACCAAAACUCUGCAAGGUGUGAAGGGCGAAAACAGUCUCAGCUUCGCUGGAUCCUUCCUUGUGGAUAAUUCUUCUGUUGAGUUUCAGAAAUUUGCAGACAAAGAGAUAUUGAGGAUACCUGGUCCUCUCACUGCAGAUUUCACUGUAAAGAUUCAUUACGUUGGUGCUGCUGACAGUACAGUUCAAUUUAUUUUCUAUCAGCCUAUUAUCCACCGAUGGAGAGAAACUGAUUUUUUUCCUUGUUCUGUAUCCUGUGGUGGAGAUGCCAAAUUAUGGGUGAUGGUGAAGGAGGUUGCUUACAAUAAGAAUCAGUUUAAGCUGCACCAGAUCCUCAAAUUCAGGAUUCUUCUUCAACCGGAUGACUCCUUGCAAAUCCUGGAACCAGUCGAAGCUGAUGUAGGCUUCUAUACUUGCAAUGCAACCAAUGUGUUGGGUUCUGACUCUGUAUCCAUUGCCAUCACAUUAGCAGGGAAACCACUGAUAAAGACAUCAAGAAACACCGUGACCAACCAAAACUUGCCGACGAUUUCUGUGGAUAUCGGAAGCACAGUGAAAACAAUUCCAGGAGUAAAUGUGACCAUUAGCUGCCAAAUUGCAGGUGUGCCUGAGGCAGAACUUACCUGGUUCAGGAACAAAAUCAAGAUGGCCCCUGACCUUCACAUCCUUGAUGGGUCACUGCUGAUUCAAAACGUAUCUCUCUCCGACCAAGGGUUGUAUUCUUGCAGGGCUGCCAACAUCCGCGGGGAGGUAACGGAAAGCACACAGCUCCUAGUCCUCGACCCACCGCAGCUCCCUCCUCAGUUUGAAGACAUGGCAGCCACUCUGUCCCUUGCGGGGCCAGGCAUUCCUUCAGUGAUAACAUCUCCUUCAGGAACAAGAAAAAUAUUGAGCCAAGGAAGCUCUGUGCUCAUAGGCUGCCCAGUAGAUGGUCAUCCAACUCCUAACAUCACUUGGUUUUAUGAUGGUCAUCCCUUCCAUCUGCCCCAUCGGGUGUUGGCAUCUGGUCAGAUUCUCCAGCUCCUGAAUGUCAGCAAUGAUUAUCAGGGAGAAAUCAGCUGCAGGGCUCAGAAUGAGGCAGGCUUGCUUAUUCAGAAAACAUCACUGGUCAUCCAAGAUUACUUGUGGUCAGUGGAUAAGAUGUCACCUUGUUCAGCCUCUUGUGGCAAUAAGGGUCUACAAUAUCAUCAGCUGAAAUGCUUACUGGAUGGAGCCCAGGUCAAUGAGUCGCAUUGUGUGGAAAAACCCAAGCCAAAUCUGCAACCUGUGGCAUGCAAUAGAAGAGACUGCCCUUCAAGAUGGAUGGUGACUUCGUGGUCUCAGUGUACCCAGAGCUGUGGUGGGGGUAUCCAGUCCCGGAGGGUGACUUGUCAAAAACUGACCGCUACUGGCAUUUCUAUACCUGUGUCCAGCGAUAUUUGUGCUCAACUGACCAAGCGUCCAGUAGAUACUCAGAGUUGCAACAGACAGCUAUGUGUGGAGUGGACAACUUCAGCCUGGGGACAGUGCAAUGGGCCUUGUGUUGGCUCUCGUCUGGCACUCCAGCACAGGCAGGUUUUUUGCCAGACCAGGGAUGGGGUCUCUGUGCCUUCGGACCAGUGCAGUUCCCUCCCGAGGCCUUUAAGCACUCAGAAUUGCUGGACAGAUGCCUGUGGCGUACACUGGAGAGUCAGUCUGUGGACGUUAUGCACUGCUACCUGUGGGAAUUAUGGCUUCCAAUCUAGAAGAGUAGAAUGUGUCCGUGUUCAUACAAACCAGCCUGUGCAAGAUCACUUAUGCGCCUGGAGACCAAGGCCGGCUAACUGGCAGAGGUGUAACAUCACUCCAUGCGAAAAUAUUGAGUGCAGAGAUACCACCAGGUAUUGUGAGAAGGUGAAGCAGUUAAAGCUCUGCCAACUGGCACAGUUCAAGUCACGCUGCUGUGGGACGUGUGGAAAAGCAUGA